AUGUCACCAAAUAAUCACGAGAAAAGUGCUAUUCAAAGAAUUUUACAAUCGAUUGAUGCGUUGGAUGAUGAAUAUUGUUCUCACGAAUUUAAUGUUCUUCGUUGGCUUGUUGCUUAUGGAAAUGAUGAAGAAGAAGCAGCAAAAGUAAGUUACACACUCGAAUACCCAUUUAAUAUAUAUUUUUACAAAAUUUCUAGGCUUUGAAAAGACAUUUGAAUAUCAGAAAAACAAUUGAUCUCGAUGGUUUCAUUGAGAAAACUGAGCUCGAACAAAAUGAAAUCUCAAAUUAUAUUCCAAUCGAUAUUUAUGCUCAAAAUCAUGAAGAUGAUAACAAAAUUUUCCUUUUUGAAAGAACUGGAAAAAUUGAUAUUGGAGGACUCGUGGAUAAUAUUUUGGUGAGACACUUUUUUGAUGAAAAUUCAGAAAAAUUUGAAAUUUUAAGAUGCAUAAAUUCAUGCAAAUAAAAUUGAAAAUGAUGGAAAUGUUGCAUCAAAAGGUUGUGGAAGCUGAAAGAAAAACUGGAAAACAAAGUGGUGGAAUGAUGGUUAUGGAUUUGGAUGGAAUUAGUUUCAGCACUAAAUUAAUAUCAGUUUUGACAGGUAGUUUGAAAUUAUCAUAAAUUCUAAAAUCUUAUUUUUAGGACCAUAUCGGAUUAUGUGGGGAACACUUUUUGAUCAUUAUCCACAACUUCUUCAGAAAAUUAUUAUCAUAAAUGCUCCUUCAUUUGUAAAUGUUCUUCAUCAAGCAUGUUCGCCAUUUCUACCGGAAGAUUAUAAGGUUUCAUUCAUUGAUAUAUCUUCUAAUUCUUUUGAUCAACAUGUUUUUAUAGGAAAAAAUCGUAAUAACUUCGGGUCCUCUUUCGGAACUUAUCCCAAAACAUAUUUCAAAAUCUUGCAUUCCGUCGGAUCUUGGAGGACAAUUAGAAAGCAAAGUAUCUUUUCCACUUUCGCCAUUUCCAAAAAUAGAAAGACAACUUGUCGAUUUGGUUGCGAUUUCACUUCCAGCUGGAAAGUUCACAGUUCAAAAGUUUGAGUGGAAAAAAGACGAAAAUAUUCAAUUCUAUUUAUACAAUGAUUCUUCAUUUCAUUAUUUCUUGUUCCAUUCCGAUGAUGAUACAGUAAGUCUUCUUAAUUGAUCUUCAGUUUUGAUGUACAAGUUUAUAACAUUUUCAGAAAGAAAUGGAAAAAUGGCAAGAAAUGACAGUUGGAUGCGAACGUCCAGCUUUGAAUCAAAUAGAUUAUUGGACAUAUCAAGUACCGAAAUCUGGUUUUUAUUAUAUUCGAUAUGGAAAUCACAACAGUUGGUAUUUUUCAACAACUGUAAGAGUCAAUCAUUUUUUGUUAACUGGAGAUGAAAAAAAGGAAUUGAGAGAAAUUGAAAUUUUCACAUUUUGA